UCACGGUAGUGUUGUGUGUUGGAUUAGUGGUGGGAGAGAUUCCCAUAUUUGAUAAAGUUGUUGACAAAGUCGCAGCAUGGGCUUUUCGAAAAUUUUUGGAAAGUGCAAUGAGGGGCGCCACUGGCGGUCUUCUAGGUGGUGAAGGUCUAGGUGGCGGUGCCGGUAGUCUAGUCAGCGGAGGUCUAGGCAGUCUGGGCGCUGGUGCUUUAGGUGGUGGUGGUCUAGGUGGUGUUAACCCUGUCAGUGGUCUAACAAGUCUCCUGCCAAUUCGCGGCUUGAUACCGCCCGACAUCAAUCCCGAGGAGUAUAGCGGUCAGUUCCAGGGGGACAUAGUUCUGGAUGAGCCUGCCAUAGACUACAUGGUGAACCAGUACGCCAUGGUGCGGAGCGCGGUCGUAGUAGCCGAUGUAAGGUGGCCCAACAACACUGUCGUUUGGCAGUUUAAUGACAAUGAUUUUGACGAAGAGCAACAGGCUGCUAUACAAGAGGGUAUGCAACUCGUUGAGAACAACACGUGCAUCAGGUUCCGACUACGCGAGCCGGGAGAAACGGUCUACGUCAACAUUACGGGUAACGCUACUGGUUGCUACUCCAUGGUUGGUUACGGUGCAGUCCGAGGGAUGCACGUCCUCAACUACGCGCCUCAUCCGCCAGGCACCGGCUGCCUGCGGCUCACCACCGUCGUGCACGAGCUGAUGCAUAUCCUGGGCAUCCUACACAUGCACUCUACCCACGACCGUGACAACUACGUGAGGAUUGUGGAAGAAAAUAUCGCACCUGGAAUGCUGGGUCAAUUCUUCAUCGCUGGAGCCCAAGACGUUAGCAACUUGGGAGUGCCGUACGAUUACUUGAGCUGCAUGCACUACAGUUCUAACGCGUUCUCGGCAAACGGCAACGUUACUAUUGAAGCUUUACAGGAAGUCAACGGUGUGAUGGGCCAACGCGACUACAUCACUGAUAGUGAUUGGUUGCGAAUCAACAGGCACUAUGAUUGUCCUGGCGCAUGGGAUGAAUAA